CAUCUGUUGACGUCAUCAGCUUGCGUCGAAGUAUUUUGUAAACACUCCUCUGGAUUCAAGAUCGCUAACUGGAGCGGUAACGAAGAGCUUCUACGGCCCAAGCUGUUUCUAUUUUUAAGCCAACGGACGAUAUCAGAUAAUGUUAUAAAGGCUCAUCGGUACUUUUCAGGUUUGCACCAGACUUCCUAUAAAAAGCAGAUUUAGAGGCGGGGCGGCUUCAGACGAGCUAGCUCGCUCAGAUCAUCAUCAUGUUUUGAUCCAGCGCGCAAGACUUUUUUGGUUUUUAAAGUUCCUGCAGGUCCGGAGGUGACCAUGGUGCAUUGUUUGGUGAGCCUUUGUGCCAGAGAGGUGGUCAGAAGCCACAGCUCCUCUCCCAGUUGGCUCGUAUGGGUUCCCAGAGAGCUGUACCGACCACUGUUAGAGGCCGCCUUCGCCAGCGGCAGACCGCUGGCUGUCGGUGAGCUGGCGCAGUGGUGGCCCGAACGCACGCUGCGUGUUGGAGGACCAAAGACAAAGGGGAGCUUUUCACCUAAUCGCCUCUGCGUUCAGGCCCUGCUGCUUGCAGUGGUCAGAGGUCUGAGUGACCAAAGGUGUGCUCUGCAAGUCCUGGACCUGUGCGGACUUCAUGGGGAUGAGGGAACAGGGGACUCGAUGGGAGGCUGGUCUCUGACUGUAGCUGCCUGCACCAUGGUCGUUCAGGCCAAAGCUGGAGUUAAGAGGACACAGAAGAAGGACGGAGACCGAGAAAGAAAACGAAUCUCCGCUCUCGAAAGAGAAAUGGACUUAAAAAGAGAGCGGGCACAAAAGAACGGUACUACGAAACCAAACAGCGAUGAUGCAAGUAACAGAGGGGUGACUGGAUUUUCAGGUUUUACGAGUGAACAGGAUUUAACGAAAGGAGUCAGGAGAAGAAUGGAGAUGGAGAGGAAAAAAGGGACUACUGAGACAGGUUUAGAUAGUAAAGUUGACAAAAAAGAGGACAAUUGUGAUGUGUUGGCGCAUGUGCGAGCAGACCUUUUUGUCAACGCCCGAUCUUGGGAACGUGUUCGUGUGGCCCUGACCACAUCGGGGCCCCUAAAGCUCCAGUGCAGAUACCUCCGUGUGGAGGAGAUUUCAGUGUCGAGCAUCAGGACCCUCUUGAGCCUCCUGCCCCGCAUUGGUCUUCUGGGUGUCGACAUUCGCUACACCAGCCUUGGAGUGGCGGGGUUGGCUGAACUUCUUCCGCUUCUCUCUUCCUUUCCUUCGCUGAACUCCCUGCGUCUACAUUACUGUAACCUAGACUUUAGAAGAGAUCAGUUUGAGCAAGAAGAUACUUUGAGGGACCUUUCACAGGGGCUGGCGUGCUUGCAGGAGCUGCGAAGGCUCAGUCUGACUGCUUUGCGGCUGCCUGGACAGCUGCGUGUUUUACUCAGCUCUUUGCCUCAACCUCUUGAGAUUCUGGAGUUGCCUUAUUUGAGCCUCAGUCCAUCUGACUUGGCCUACCUGUCCUGCAGCCAUCAUGCCUCUGCGCUGCAGCAGCUGGAUUUGAGUGAGAACCGUCUGGAAGACAGCACCCUGCCCUCGAUUCGAAGGCUCCUCUCCCAGGCCUCCAGCAGCCUGCAGCAUCUGUCUCUAAGUGGUUGUGGUCUGACCGACAGUCUGCUUGGACUCUUGCUGCCUUCCUUCGGGUGCUGUCGAGCUCUCAAGAGCUUGGCUUUGGCCCUAAACCCACUGUCCAUGGCAGGCCUUCUAGACCUGGUGCAGAUGGCAGUGAGACUCCCUAACUUACGCCAGUUACUCUACCCAAACCCCCUGGAGGACUACCAACCAGGGCUCCCUGAUCUGCCGUCUAGCGCUCAGUUACUGGACUGGCCUCUGGAUGAAAGCACAGACAUCAACAUGACCAGCAGCCAGCUGAACAGGGUGCUAUUGGACAGCGGGCGCACCGACCUGCUUCUCACCUGCGACCUCCUUAAUUACGAUAAAGACUUGGUAGUCUAAAGCUAAGCACAGGUGUGCUCAUAAACACGGCUUUUCUUUAACUACAUUUUUGUGCCUUUUUUAAACUAUUCGUAGAAAUAGUACAUUUUUCUUAUUUUUUCUUGAUUUAUUUUUUUCUUUUCUUAUGAUAGUGAAUGUUGCAAAACAUGAAUACCCUGUUCUGUGCUUGCAAUUACGCUUCCUCCUCAUCCGUGUUUUGACCUUCUUCCCUCCUCUGCUUAUCAGCUGUUCAUUGACCUCAGUGGAGGCCUGACAGUAGCUGGAGUUGGGUGUAAUGGAGCACGUGCAUCUGUAACAUCCAGGGCAGUGGAACAGGAAGAUCAGUAAUGUUAGCUGCUGCAUUAACCAUGCCUCCACCUCCUUUCUUAACUGAGUUAACCAAACACGGUUCAGAGGUGGUGGAGAUGAAAUCCACACGUGCGUUUCUGUUUCCAAAAUGAAAGUGAUGCUCGUCAAGGUGACUUAAAAGAAGACCGGGUACAGCUGCCUAGACUUAAUUUCAUUUAUUUUUUAUUUUUUUGUGGGUGUAGUAUUCUGACACAGAAGAAUAGUUUUUUGUAAAAAAAAAAAUAUAUAUAUAUAUAUGUGCCAUCGGAUUCAAAUACAAAGCAUUUUGCUCAGUCCAGUCAGUGUAUGAAUUUUACCAAAAACUUAAACCACCAGUUUAAGAACAAAUGAUGAAUUGAUAAAUCUAAUGAUUUGCCUUUUUUUUCAAAGAAUUUUAUUGCUUUUCUUUUAACAUAUAACUUGUGUUUUUGCCCCAUUCCCUGUUUCUUUGAAAUUAUUUUUGAAACUUUGUUGACCUGGAAACAAAGAAUCAGAAAAAUCCCAGAAGUACAUUAUUACAUGGAUUGUAUUGGAAUGUCAAAUGUUCUAAUCAAAGGAAAUAUUUACUGCCUAUUUUGUAGUAUUGUAUACAAAAUUAAUGCUAAAUAAAAAAAAUUAAAAAAGGA